AAAAUGACGUUCCACAAACUUCUCUCAUCGCAUCUUUACUCAGUGCUGAGGAAUUGUCAAAGUCUGCUUUUAAGACCAUUCGAUGGUUCAUUGUCAACAACAACAGCAACAACUUCUACUCUUGAUACUGCUGCCUCUACUAUUUUAAAUAAUGGUAAUAGUAAUUAUAAUAAUAAUAAUGGAUCACCGUCUUCGUCGUUGAGUAGAUUUUUAUUAGGUUUAAUAAUAGGAGGAAAAGAGCAACAACAACAAUAUUUGCCAUCACCAGCAUCAUCAUUUAAUUAUCACUCGGAGAUGGUCUAUGGGCAAUCGUUAUGGAAUUCAACAGAUCACUACUCUUUGCAUCAGGAACCACCAGCAUCACUGCCAAGUUUAAUACUUGCUGAACAAAUUGCCAACAUUCUCAGUAUUUGUGUUAUUGUCUUUAGUUUUUUAUGUAGUCUUUUCGUUUUGAUUAAUUUAUGCAAGAAGAAUAUGAAAGCAGAGAGGGAAGAAAAAAGUCUUAUUGACAGAUAUGAAUAUACAAAUCCAUCAUUGGUUGAACCAUUAACAACCAAGAAACAUUUAUAUACCAAGUUGAUUUCAUUUUGCAUCUUGUGUAUGAUCAUUUCAGAUUUAUUAUUUACAACAUUCUAUUUUCCAACUAAUACUCUUAGAUUAAUAAGAGGUUUCUUAUUUGAGGAUCUUCCUAAAUCAGAAGCUAGCAAAAUAGAUCCAUACUUUACCAUUCCAAUUUAUAUAACAGCUGAAAUUACUGAAAUGUUUGUGAUUAGUAGUGGUUUCUUUUCAAUGCUCUUGACUCUUUGCAUUUACAAGACAAUCAAGAGUAUUAAACCAAGUGUAGGAAAUGAUAAUGAUUCCAAUUAUUCACAAUCAACAAGAUCACCAAUAGCAUCUUACAAUAAUAAUCAAAACAAUUCUUAUGGAACUUCGGAUAAUUACUAUGCCAAUAAUAAUAAUCAGGAUCAAGACGAUUAUUAUGCAAACAGUGGAAAUGACAGAUUAAUAACUGCCUCUCCUCAAUCUGAAACCUCUGUAAAUACUCCUCCACACGAUGAUUAUGACAUGCAAAAUAAUGAAAACAUUCAACAAACAUCUCUGAAAGGAAGAUAUGAAAAGUUGCAAAAGAAAAAGGGGUGGUAUCAAUUGGGUUUUUGUUUGAUUUCUUGGGGAUUACCAGGAGUUUUAGCCAUUGUUUGGAUUGUUGUUGAAGAAUUAUAUUUGGGAGGACAGAGUGCACCAAGAGAUGUCUUUUUUGCAAAUAUCAUUCCUGAUGUUGUAAAGAAUAUGAUCUAUAUUGCAAUUGAGGUUGCCUCACUAGCAUUGAGAAUAAUGAUCUACUGGGUAACAAAGAAGCUCUUCCGUGACACAACCAUUGUUCAUAAUACACCAAGUGCCAAGAAGAAGAGAGAGAAGGAACGUAAUCUUUUCAAGCAAUUGCUCUUCUAUGCCUUACCAUUCUUCUUGUUUGGUGUUUGGGUUAUUGUGUACAGAUUGGCCACUGAUAUCAUUUACGUAGUUCGUGUCGCAGAGCAUGGAUUGGAUUCCUUCUCUGAUGAUUUGGAUUUGCCUGGAUUAAUUGUUUUGAGUAUUCACCACAUUUUGAGCCCUCUGAGAGCUUUUGCCAAUAGUGUUGUCUAUUGCUUGUUAUCAAAGUGGUUCAGUGAUAGAGUGAAAGGAUCUUUCCGUAGGUGUUGUGGUCAAAGAAAUUAAAACUAUUUAUUAUUU